UCCUGUGGGGGCGGAGCCAGAGCACAGGACGGGGACACGCAUUGGCCAGGAGGACUGGUGGGCGGGGCUCUCCUGUGGGGGCGGAGCCAGAGCGCAGGACGGGGACACGGAUUAGUCAGGAUGACGUGGUGGGCGGAGCUCCCCUGUGGGGGGCGGAGCCAGAGCACAGGACGGGGACCCGGAUUGGCCAGGAGGACAUGCCAUGUCGGCGGCCACCAUUGUGCAUGACCCAUCGGAGGCGGCGCCGCUGUGCCCGGCGCUCGGCCUCUACCUGAAGCCGAUCACGAAGCUGGCGAUCAGCGUGGCGCUGCCCGCGCGCCGUCCGCCGGGGAAGUCGAUCUCCAACUGGGAGGUGAUGGAGCGGCUCAAGGCCAUGGUGGCGGGGGCGGGGCCCGACGACAUCACCGCGGAAGGGGGCGGGGCCUCCACGGCGCCGGCCCCGCCGCCCCCGCGGGUGCCGCAUGUGCAGUUCUCGUCGCUGCGCAUCGCCAAGAGCACGCUGGACUUCAUCCGCUUCGAGGGCGAGGUGGAGCAGCGGGCGCUGGUGCGGCCGUUCCUGGCGCGGCUGGACGGCCGAGGCCUCAAGCUCGCAGGGUUCCCGGACCCGCUCCGCGUCCGCGCCGCCGAGUUCCGCCCCGACGCCCCCUCCCGCCACGACUGGGACGCCUUCUUCCGCAACGCCACCGACAUGAACGAGACCCGGCCCGGCGAGAGGCCCGACACCAUCCACCUCGAGGGGCUGCCCUGCCGAUGGUUCGCGCCCCGCGCCGGCGGCCAUGGCGGCGAAGCCACUUCCGCCAGGAGUGAAGCCACUUCCGCCACCACUUCCGCCAGUACUUCGUCCACUUCCGCCAGGAGUGAAGCCACUUCCGCCAGGAGUGAAGCCACUUCCGCCAGCACUUCCGCGAGCACUUCGUCCACUUCCGCCAGCGCUCCGUUUUCCGUGUCCGCCGGGUCGGAGCGCCCGAGCGAGGCGGUGCUGCGCCAGGCGUUCUCGGCGUUCGGGGAGAUCCAGCAGGUGGACAUCCCGAUGCUGGACCCGUACCGCGAGGAGAUGGCGGCGGUCGGCGGGGUCGGCGGAGGCCUCGGCGUGGGCGGCGGCCUCGGAGGCGUGGGCGGCGGCGGCGGCGGCCGCGGCGGGUUCCACACGUUCGGCUGGGGCGGCGGGCUUCACUUCGAGGCCUACGUGCAGUACCGCGAGUACGCGGGGUUCGUGCGCGCCAUGGCGGCGCUGCGGGGCGCGAAGCUCAUGUACAAGGGCAAGGACGGCAAGGCGGUGGCGUGCGGCAUCAAGGUCUCGUUCGACGCCACCAAGCACCUGAGCGAGGCCUCGAUCCGGCGGCAGCUGGAGCAGCAGAAGCUGCUGGAGCUGGAGCUGCAGCGCGAGGAGCAGAAGCGGCGGGAGCGCGAGGCGGAGGAGCGGCGGCGGGAGGAGGAGCAGAAGCAGAAGCAGCUGGAGCAGCAGCAGCGCGCGUGCCGCCGGGAGGAGAAGCUGCGCCGCCGGGAGCAGCGGGAGCGGGAACAGCGCCACAGCCGCCGCCGGGCGGAGAAGCAGCAGGCGGAGGAGCAGCGGCGCCUGCAGGAGAAGAUCCGCACGGAGGAGCGGAAGCUGCUGCUCGCCCAGCGCAACCUGCAGUCGAUCCGGCUGGUGGCCGAGCUGCUGGGCCGCGUGGAGGCCGCGAAGCUGCAGCAGCGCCGCCAGCACCGCGCGCGCCAGGAGGAGCAGGAGCGGCGCCGCCUGCAGGAGGCCGAGCUGCGCCGCGUGGAGGAGGAGAAGGCGCGGGCGCUGGGGCUGCAGCGGCGGGAGCGCGAGCUGAGGCGGCGCCUGCUCUCCCUGCUGCUCGGACAGCGCCCGGCCGCCGGCGACUCGAACCCGGGACCCGGCGCCAACGACGCCGCCUCCUCGAAUCCAGAACCCGGCGCCAACGACGCCCUCCUGCGGCCCGUGCUCGACAUCCUGCACCGCGUGACCCACGCGCGGGCGCCCCCACCACCCCCGACGCCGCCGUUGCCGCCGCAGGACUCGAACCCCGAACCCGCGGCGGCAGCGGCGGCGCAGGACUCGAACCCCGAACCCAAGAUGGCGCCCGAGAACGCGACGCCUAAGCCAGGCGCGGACGCCGCGUCGACCCCGACAACCCCGACCCGCGACCGCGGCGGCGGCGAGCACGACAAGGGCGACCACCGGGGGCCCGAGUGCGAGGAGUCGCGCGGCGGCCAUCGCCGUCGUCGCGGUCGGCGCCGCCGGAGCAGCCACAGCCACGGGCACGGCCGCCGUUCUCGGUCCCGGUCCCGGUCGCCGCGGUGACCGCGGAGGCGCGGGGCGUGGACCCGGUGAGGACUGACGGAUGGACGGACGGCCCCGGGGCAUGCUGGGAACAGGGUCCGAGUGCGAGGUUUUUUUUUUUUUUUUUUUUGUUUCCGCCCCGGGUGCGAAUUCGAAUCCCUGGGAAGAUGGCCGCCCCCAUUCCCCCCCCACCAGGUCGUUUGAGAUUUUUUUUUUUUCCCGCCCCGGGUGCGAAUUCGAAUCCUCCGUGACCACGCGGACUCCGCCUGGGUUCAAUAAAGUCGUUGCCCCCCCUGCGCCCGGCGU